AUGGCGACGCAGGAUCCGUCAGUGAUCGCACAGCUUGUGCGCGACCUCGAUGACGCCCGCAAGCAGUCUAAGAGCGAAAAGAAGCGAAGCUACACCUGCAAAAAGACCACUUUCGAUGUCGCGGGCGCUAAGGGCGUCACCGUAGAUUCUUGGAAGUUCAUGGACUGGGAUUACAAACGACCUGACCUGCCUACAUAUGCCCGUGGUCUGUUCACAACGCGGCGGAAAGACAACAUCCCCGAGAUUGCGGUGCGCGGCUACGACAAGUUCUUCAAUGUCAACGAGACCACCGACACACAGUGGCGAAAUAUUGAGAACAAGACCCGGGGUCCCUAUGAGCUGAGCGUGAAGGAAAAUGGCUGCAUUAUCUUCAUUUCCGCUCUCGAGGGAGACAAACUGCUAGUGUGUAGCAAGCACUCUACUGGCGUCCGCUCUGAUACCAACAUGAGCCAUGCUCAGGCCGGUGAGCAGUGGGUGGAGCGACAUGUUGCGACAGUCGGAAAGUCCUCCAAGGAAUUGGCCCGCACAUUGCGCGAGAUGAAUGUCACGGCAGUUGGAGAGCUUUGCGAUGACAGCUUCGAGGAACAUGUCUUGGCCUAUGAUGAGGCAGCCGCCGGCAUCUACAUUCACGGCCUGAACUACAACCAGCCGGAGUUUGCUACCAUGUCAGGAGACAAGGUCCACGAAUUUGCAGACGCCUGGGGCUUCAAAAAGGCAAAGUUUGUGGUUUACGAUGACAUUGAGUCUGUGAAGAAGUUCCUCGAGGGCUGCGCGGAAACUGGUACAUGGGACGGCCGCGAGACUGAAGGGUUCGUGGUUCGAUGCCAGAUCAGUGACCGUGAUAGCGGCUACCGGGACUGGUUUUUCAAGUACAAGUUUGAAGAGCCAUACUUGAUGUACCGGCAGUGGCGUGAAUGCACCAAGGCAGUUAUCUCUGGAAAGCUGCCCAAAAUUAAGAAGCAUCACAAGAUCACAGAGGAGUAUCUCCAGUUUGCACGAAGGGAGUUCAUCAGGAAUCCUAAGCUUACAACGGAGUACAAUCACAACCAUGGUAUCAUCUCUCUACGGGAGAAAUUCUUGCAGGAGCGUGGUUUGAAGGGCUCUGAAAUCAUCGCCAUGGAGGAGGCGAACGACAAAGUUAAUGGGGCCACCAACAACAUUAUCAUCGCCCCAAUCGCCUCUUUGGGAUGCGGAAAGACAACUAUUGCGCUUGCCCUGGUUCAUCUCUUUGGGUGGGGUCAUGUUCAGAAUGACAAUAUCCCCAAGCAGAAGGGUAAGCCGAAGCAGUUUGCCUUUGAGAUCACUCAGGCCAUGGCGAUGCAUCCCGUUGUAAUUGCAGACCGCAACAACCACCAGCGUCGGGAGCGCAAGCAGCUCAUGGAGGACAUUUUCCCCGUCAUUGCCGAGACUCAGUUUGUUGCUCUGCACUACGUUCAUGAGCCUAAGGCUGAGCUUCUCCCUGCGAUCCAGGAGGUUACUCGGAAGCGGGUUCUUGAACGCGGUGACAAUCACCAGACAAUUCGCGCCGGCUCCAAAAACAAACACGAAAUCGUCGGCAUCAUGGACGGAUUUCUACAUCGUUUUGAGGGUGUUGAUGUCGAACGGGAUCCCGACAUGCACUUCCAGCAUGUUAUCGAUCUGGACGUGUGCGCCUCCUCCCGCCAGAACCUCGAGACCGUCGUUACUGCCUUGCAUGCCGCCUACCCUCGUGUGAUCCCCACUAUGCCUACCUCAGAAGAGCUCGACGCUGCCAUCGAUGCCGCCAUCAGCAACUACGAGGUCAUGGAGGAUCUGAGCAAAGGCUACAGCACCCACAAACCCAACAAGCAGAAGAACCUGCCCGUGGCUGUAGCCCAGCAGAAGCCCGGGCCAGUGGCGACUCCCGCCAUGCUCGCCCGCAAGAUCGAAUACUUCAGCAUCUCGGUCCCAACAUCUGAAAUCACCUCCACCCUUAAAUCCCUCUUCACCAACACAUCCCCCGAGACAGCCCGCCUGUACAACCAACUUCACAACUCACGCCGAAUCCAGGCAGCCUUCCACGUCACGCUGAUCCACCGCGCCGCAUCCAAAGAUAACACCGAGAUCUGGGACCGGUACGCGAAGCAGUACAUCGACGUGUUGACCGCUAACCCCGGCAACGACCCCAUCGCUACCCCACCUAAGCUCGGCCCUGUACGAGUCCGUCUCGAACGACUAGUAUGGGAUAACCGGAUCAUGGCGUUCGUCGUGCGGAUCGUACCCGCCGAAAGCGAAAACGAGGGUGCCGCGGACUCGACCUUCCCGUGCGCGAACGCUAUCCCUCAUAUCACUGUCGGCACGGCCUCGCCGGAUGUCAAGCCCAAGGAGAGCAAUGAUUUGUUGCAGCGGUGGCACGAGGUUGGAUCGGGUGGGGAGACGGGGAUCUUUGAGGCGGAGGUGCCGGGUGUUAAGCUUGUUGAUGGGUUGGUUGGUGUUGUUAUGAUGCGGGGGAAGCAUCAAUGA